UUCAAACGUUGCGGGAUGGUCGGACGAGUAAAAUAAUUACCCCAUCCGAUUAAUUGUAACUAAAUUGGUUGAUAUUAUGGGCGUUGAGUGUAUAGGAGAUAAUCAUAUUGUACACGAAGUUAUGCUGUUGUAAUUUGUCACGAUCAAUCAAUGCUCUACGUGUCAUCGGUCACAGUAGGUUUGUUGGUGCACAAGAAACAAUUGUAGUUUCGGUAUUGUACUAAUCAAUUUUGGUGUAUUCACAACGGUUGACGAUCAAUAGCAGGUAGGUGUGCAUUUAUACCUUGUAAGGUACCUAUUUUUCGAGAUCUUCGUUCUACGUGUUUGUCAAAAAUAAAAAAUAAAAAUGUGCGACGACGGCUCCGCGACGAAAAAUAACCGCAAAGAUCCGAAUUUCGGGACCAAACUCGUGCACGCUGGACACAACCCCUCAGAGUGGACUUACAAAGAUGUCGUGCCGCCGAUUGCGAUGAGCACCAUAUUUAAUUCGCCGUCGCCGGGAGUAAUCGAAAGUUACGAGUACUCGAGAUGCGGCAAUCCCACCCGUUCGGUCUUGGAAAAAUGUCUAAUAGCACUAGAUCACGCCAAGUACGCGUUGGCUUACAGCUCCGGGAUGGCGGCCAUCUCGUCUAUAGUGAAUUUGUUGGCACCCGGAGAUCAUGUGUUGUGCAGCUCCGAUGUGUACGGUGGCACACACCGGUUGCUGAACAAAGUGGCCAACCCGGCGGGCAUCUUGUUCGACUUUGUCGACUUUUCCGAUACGGCGACCAUCAUCACAAAUAUAAGACCCAACACGAAGCUCGUUUGGUUCGAGAGUCUAUCAAAUCCUUUAAUGAACGUGCUGGACGUACAGAAAGUAUCCGAAGCCGUUCACAACACUCGAGCAGAUAUUAUAGUGGCUGUUGACAAUUCAUUUGUGACCCCCUAUUUUCAGAGACCGUUGGAGUUAGGCGUUGAUGUAAUUAUGUAUUCGUUGAGUAAAUACAUGAACGGACAUUCAGAUAUAGUUAUGGGGGCACUGGUUACCAAUAACAAGGAUUUGUAUGAUAAAUUAUACGUUUAUCAGUACACGUGCGGAAACAUACCGUCGUCGUUCGACUGUUACAUGGUCAACCGCGGGUUGAAGACGCUGCACGUGCGCAUGGAACAGCACAUGAAGAAUGCCACGGCGGUGGCGUUGUACUUGGAGUCGCAUCCGAAAGUGCUCAAAGUUAACUACAUGGGCCUACCCAGCCAUCAACAACACGAAAUCAUCAAAAAACAGUUUACCGGUCACAACGGCAUAGUGUCGUUCUACAUCAAUGGCGGAAUCAAAGUUAGCACAAAGCUGUUGGAAUCGCUGAAGUUGUUCUGCAUCACGUGCAGUCUGGGUUGCUACGAAAGCCUGGCUGCUCUACCUUGUAAAAUGACGCACACUUCGCUCACGGACGAAGAAAGGCAAUCCACGGGCAUUCACGAUAAUCUUAUUCGACUGUCCAUUGGUUUGGAAUACUACCAGGACUUGAUCGACGACUUAGAACAAGCAAUUAUUAAAAGUGGAGCCGUGGAUAAAUCUUAACGAAUAAAAUAAAAUUCUUGAUAAAUAAUUUAUUAU